UACAACAUCACAUUUAUGGGAUUGGAGAAGCUACAUCCGUUUGAUGCAGGGAAAUGGGGGAAAGUAAUCAAUUUCUUGAAAGGGAAGAAGUUGUUGCCUCCUUGGCCCUGCUCAUCUAGGAAAAAUUUCUACGUGAGCUGGGUGAAUUGGCAAGAAGAAAAAUUAAUUGCAGAUGACUUGAUUGUACAAGCACGAGAAGCUACUGAAGAAGAUCUGUUGGUUGUCCACACAAGACGCUACCUGAAUAAAUUAAAGAACCAUAUCUUGGAGGGCUUUCAAGAGUGGUCAUUUGUAGUGGCUACAAUUACAGAAAUUCCACCAGUUCUCUUUCUUCCCAAUUUCCUUGUUCAGAGAAAGGUGCUGAAGCCUCUAAGAACCCAAACAGGAGGAACAAUAAUGGCAGGAAAGCUUGCCAUUGACAGAGGCUGGGCAAUCAAUGUGGGUGGUGGCUUCCAUCACUGUUCAAGUGAUAAAGGUGGAGGAUUUUGUGCAUAUGCUGAUAUCACACUGGCUAUUAAGUUUCUAUUUGAAAGAGUAGAAGGAGUGUCUAAGGCCGCUAUCAUAGAUCUGGAUGCUCAUCAGGGGAAUGGCCAUGAGAGAGACUUCAUGGAUGAUCAUAGGGUGUAUAUUAUGGAUGUGUACAAUAGAUAUAUUUAUCCAGGGGAUGGAUUUGCUAAACGAGCCAUAAAGCGGAAGGUUGAAUUGGACUGGGGUACAGAGGACACAGAAUAUCUUCAGAAGGUACAAACACAUGUGGAAGGGGCAUUAAAUGAAUCGAGGCCAGACAUCAUCAUUUAUAACGCUGGAACUGAUAUCUUGGAUGGUGAUCCACUGGGAGGUCUUGCUAUUUCACCUCAGGGAAUUGUUAAAAGAGAUGAAGCGGUAUUCAGGGCUGCCAGAAGCCACAGAAUUCCUAUCUUGAUGGUGACAUCUGGAGGCUAUCAGAAGAGGACAGCACGGAUAAUUGCUGAUUCCAUUCUUAAUUUGCACAACCUGGGGCUUAUUGACAAGGAGCUAGCAACCAGUGAAGCUAAAAACCCCAAGGUAGAACUGAUGAUUAGAGAAUCUAUUUUAGAUUUAACUAACCUGUCAUUGCAAUAA